CAAUCGUUAUCAGCCUGGACGUUCUCUCAACGAUGAAGUUCGAAACAACUUCUUGGGUUAGUCUUAUACUUGGAAGCUGAAGUGCGCAUCAUAGAAAACUAAAACAUUGGGCAUUUCAUAACAAAUAAUCGAGAAUAUAGAUAGUUUAUAAUAAUGAGCUUCAAAUAUUUUUGAAUAAAUGUUCCUCCAUUAAUAAGUGUUGUGUGAAACAUAGGUUCAAAUUCUUAUCGGUAGUGAAAAAAGAUAAUAGAUAUUUUGACUGAUAAUACACGCAAUUGCGUCGAGUAUUACAUACACAGUUAGUUCAAUAUUGCGUCAAAGACACAACUGAAAUGAAUACAAAACAACCUAAGGAAAAGAUGAAGCAUUAUAAAAUAUGCCACGAUGUUUUAGUAAUGUCAUCGACUUCCCUGCUAGCUGUGAUUUUUUUCUCUAUCGGAUAUUUUGUACAAAGGUACGAACUUACAAAACUAAUUUUGGAUGACCGAUUAGAAAUGCGUCAAUUUACUCCUCAUUAUAAAUGGUGGCAAAAUACGUCGGAUGUAUUGGUGACAUGCAAAAUGUACGUUUUUUCUGUUACAAAUGCUGAGAGAUGGAUGCAGGGUUUAGAUGAAAAAUUGAACUUCGAGGAAAUAGGACCCAUUGUAUAUAGAGAGACCCUAGAACACCACAAUGUGGUAUUCCACACUAAAAAUUCAACCAUUUCAUAUAAUUCUAAAAGACAGCUUCACUUUAUGGCUGACCACAACGAAAUCGGCAUUCUCAACAGAACUAUUACUAUUCCAAACACCGCUGUACUGGCAAUGGCUGCAAAGCUACAAGACUCCAACUCAUUCAUCAAGUGGGCUUUUAGGGCUAUAUUGUCGAGCUCAAAUGAUGAAGUCUUUGUAAAUACCACCAUAUACAAUUAUCUUUGGAAUCAAACCAGCCCAAUCAUAAAAUCAGCUAAAAAAAUUGUCCCAUUUAUGGUUCCACUUGAGAACAUCGGUACUUUAAAUACGAUUUACAACGAUUACGAUGAUAGAGUAAAUGUGCGAUACGGUGCGCAACAUGGAGAUGAACAGUUUUUCAUGAUCAACUCUUACAGGAAUCGCCAAACUGUACCGGGAUAUAUUCCAGAGAAUGGUGAUUGCUUUGCUUCGAUUGUAAACUCUUCCGAAGGAGCAUUGUAUCAACAAAAUUUAGAUGAAAAUUCUGUAAUCGUUUAUUGGAGGAAAACAUUGUGUCGAGCUGUGCCUUUAUAUUUCAAAAAAAAGGUUCAUCGAGGACCAAUACUUGGCUACGAAUAUAUUCUUCCAGAUCAUUCAUAUGAUCGCUUAGCUAAUCUUUCCGAAGACUGUUAUAAAGGACAAAACAGUUUUCUCGAGGAUGGCAUGACUGAUAUGUCAAAAUGCUACAAUGAUUUUCCUAUAGCUGCCACCAGUCCACAUUAUUUCGCAAGAAACAUAUCCAUGGCAAAGAAAAUAUCUGGAAUGCAUCCUGACCAUGAUAAACAUUACAGCUACACAAUCGCCGAGCCAAUACUUGGCAUACCGAUCGAUCAACGAGCACGCACGCAAAGUAACCUGGUUAUUCCGCACUUAACUGGAUUUCCCGCUGAUAUCCAAAAGUUCAGCGAAAUGAUUCUUCCUAUGUUCUGGAUAGAAUACCGCCAACACGAGCUUCCUCUGAAAAUCAUCAACCUAAUACGGAUGUUCUACAUAGUAAAGGAUAUACAAUCUUACCUACCGAUUUUCUUUUAUUUGUUGUUCCUGCUAUUGCUAAUUGUAGCAUUACAUAGAGCCAGAAAAAUCGAUGAAUACAAGUCUAAAUCGUGUGCGAGAAAAAAGUUGAAAAGCAAAAAUAACUCAGAAAUAAUAAAACGAUAGUUAACAA